UUGGCUGGGGAAGCGAUCAAGGGAUUGGAGGCUUUGGAGAGGAGCCAGGAAUCAAAGCACAGCUCACGAACCUGAUUCGAUCUGUACGGACCGUUAUGAGAGUGCCAUUAAUUGCCGUGAACUCCGUUACAAUCGUUCUCCUCCUGUUGUUUGGUUGA